UGGAAACUAACACAAACUUGGAGUAUCUGACCUUGUUGUUGCCAAUUUGUACCUACUGUAACCACUCCUAAUGUAGAAGACUAUGCUGGCAAAGAUCCAGUUUCAUUAAAACAAGAUUGUAUUCCCCUUUCAUUUGGAUUGGAAUGAAGGAACCAACAAUGGGAUUGCACUCAAGAUAACACUCCUGGAAAGGGUAUCUAAUGGCUCUCAUCUUCUUUGGUGGUUUAUACCUGCACUUUUGAUGGUUUUCAUAUCUGAAGGAUUUUCCUUUUGGAAAUAUUUCAAAUAAAAAAAAAUUGUUUUUCCUUGGAAAUAACUUCUUCCUUGAACACUAUACAUCAUGGGAGACAUGGCUAACAACUCAGUAGCAUACAGUGGUGUAAAAUACACUAUAAAAGAUUCCAAUCAUGGAGACUUUGGCAUUACACUUGAAGAGCUUCGUGAUCUUAUGGAAUUGCGUGCUGCAGAUGCUUUGCAUAAAAUACAAGAUUGCUAUGGAGAUGCACAUGGAAUCUGUACAAGAUUGAAAACUUCUCCAAAUGAAGGCUUAAGUGGAAACCCAGCAGAUAUAGAAAGGAGAGCAGCUGUGUUUGGGAAGAACUUUAUACCUCCUAAAAAGCCAAAAACAUUUCUUCAGUUAGUGUGGGAAGCACUACAGGAUGUUACAUUAAUUAUAUUAGAAAUUGCAGCCGUAGUAUCAUUGGGCCUUUCUUUUUACCAACCACCAGGAGGGAAUGAAGCAUUAUGUGGAACAGUAGCAGCUGGUGAAGAUGAGGAUGAAAGUGAAACAGGCUGGAUCGAAGGAGCUGCAAUUCUCCUGUCUGUCGUUUGUGUGGUAUUAGUCACAGCUUUCAAUGACUGGAGUAAAGAGAAACAAUUUAGGGGAUUGCAAAGCCGCAUUGAACAAGAGCAGAAGUUUACUGUCAUCAGGGGUGGCCAAGUCAUCCAGAUACCUAUAGCUGACAUAGUUGUUGGUGAUAUUGCACAAGUAAAAUAUGGUGACCUUUUACCAGCAGAUGGUGUACUUAUACAAGGAAAUGACCUCAAAAUUGAUGAAAGCUCACUAACUGGAGAAUCUGAUCAUGUUAAGAAAACAUCUGAUCGAGAUCCUAUGUUGCUCUCAGGUACUCAUGUAAUGGAAGGUUCUGGACGAAUGGUAGUUACUGCUGUAGGUGUAAACUCACAAACUGGAAUUAUCUUUACCUUGCUUGGUGCUGGAGGUGAUGACGAAGAAGAAAAGAAAGAAAAAGAGAAAAAGGACAAGAAAAGUAAAAAACAAGAUGGGGCUAUUGAAAAUCGUAACAAAGCAAAAGCUCAGGAUGGUGCAGCGAUGGAAAUGCAGCCUCUAAAAAGUGAAGAUGGUGGUGAUGGAGACGACAAAAAAAGAAACAAUAUGCCCAAGAAAGAAAAAUCGGUUCUUCAAGGAAAGCUCACUAAGCUAGCAGUUCAGAUUGGCAAAGCAGGAUUGCUGAUGUCUGCAGUCACAGUCAUCAUUCUUGUAUUAUAUUUUGUAAUUGAUACCUUCUGGGUCCAGAAACGUCCUUGGCUUGCUGAAUGUACACCAAUAUAUAUUCAGUACUUUGUAAAGUUCUUUAUCAUUGGUGUUACUGUCCUGGUUGUGGCAGUUCCAGAGGGUCUUCCGCUUGCAGUUACUAUCUCACUGGCUUACUCUGUGAAGAAAAUGAUGAAAGAUAAUAACUUGGUCAGACACCUGGAUGCUUGUGAAACAAUGGGGAAUGCAACAGCCAUUUGCUCAGAUAAAACAGGAACAUUGACAAUGAACAGAAUGACAGUAGUCCAAGCUUACAUCAGUGAAAAACAUUAUAAAAAAAUUCCUGAGCCACAAGCUAUUCCUGAGAAAACCUUGUCAUACCUUGUAACAGGAAUCUCUGUAAACUCUGCUUAUACUUCCAAAAUCUUGCCUCCUGAAAAGGAAGGUGGCUUGCCCCGUCAUGUUGGUAAUAAAACUGAAUGUGCCUUGCUGGGACUGCUUCUGGAUUUGAAACGAGACUACCAAGAUGUUAGAAAUGAAAUACCAGAAGAGGCACUUUACAAAGUCUACACCUUCAACUCUGUUAGAAAGUCCAUGAGUACUGUGUUAAAGAACUCUGAUGGCAGUUUCCGGAUAUUCAGCAAGGGUGCCUCGGAGAUAGUACUUAAAAAGUGCUUCAAGAUACUGAGCGCUAAUGGUGAAUCCAAAGUGUUCAGGCCAAGGGACCGUGAUGAUAUUGUAAAAACUGUGAUUGAGCCUAUGGCCUCAGAGGGACUCAGAACCAUAUGUCUGGCAUUCAGAGACUUCCCAGCUGGAGAACCUGAGCCAGAAUGGGACAAUGAAAAUGACAUUGUCACUGGGCUUACAUGUAUUGCUAUUGUAGGCAUUGAAGACCCUGUGAGGCAUGAGGUACCAGAUGCAAUAAAAAAAUGCCAGCGUGCUGGUAUAACUGUGCGUAUGGUUACUGGUGAUAAUAUCAACACUGCCCGCGCUAUUGCUUUAAAAUGUGGCAUUUUGCAUCCUGGUGAAGAUUUCUUAUGCAUAGAAGGCAAAGAAUUCAACCGACGAAUACGUAAUGAAAAAGGAGAGAUAGAACAAGAAAGAAUAGACAAAAUUUGGCCCAAGCUUCGUGUGCUUGCAAGGUCGUCCCCCACUGACAAACACACACUGGUAAAAGGUAUAAUAGACAGCACAGUUUCAGAACAGAGGCAAGUUGUAGCGGUGACUGGUGAUGGUACCAACGAUGGCCCAGCAUUGAAAAAAGCAGAUGUUGGCUUUGCCAUGGGUAUCGCUGGAACUGAUGUAGCUAAAGAAGCUUCUGAUAUUAUUCUCACAGAUGACAACUUCACAAGCAUUGUUAAAGCAGUUAUGUGGGGCCGAAAUGUGUAUGACAGUAUCUCCAAAUUCCUUCAGUUCCAGCUUACUGUCAAUGUAGUUGCAGUAAUUGUUGCUUUCACAGGAGCAUGUAUUACACAAGAUUCUCCACUUAAAGCUGUUCAGAUGUUAUGGGUAAAUCUCAUAAUGGACACACUGGCUUCACUUGCCUUGGCAACGGAACCACCCACAGAAGCUCUCUUGCUGAGGAAGCCUUAUGGUAGAAAUAAACCUCUCAUCUCGCGAACGAUGAUGAAGAAUAUUCUGGGCCAUGCUUGCUAUCAGCUUGUGGUUGUCUUUACACUCCUGUUUGCUGGUGAAAAAAUAUUUGACAUUGAUAGUGGACGGAAUGCUCCUCUUCAUGCACCUCCUUCAGAGCACUAUACUAUUGUGUUUAAUACAUUUGUUAUGAUGCAGCUUUUUAAUGAAAUAAAUGCCCGAAAAAUCCACGGUGAAAGGAAUGUAUUUGAAGGAAUUUUCAAUAAUGUUAUAUUCUGUACCAUCGUUCUGGGCACAUUUAUUGUACAGAUUGUCAUUGUGCAGUUUGGAGGAAAACCUUUCAGUUGUUCAGAGCUUACAGUAGAACAAUGGCUGUGGUCAAUUUUUCUAGGAAUGGGUACACUUCUCUGGGGCCAGUUGAUAUCAACAAUUCCAACCAGCCACUUGAAAUUCCUUAAAGAAGCUGGUCAUGGAACCCAGAAGGAAGAGAUUCCAGAAGAAGAGUUGGCAGAAGAUGUAGAGGAGAUUGAUCAUGCUGAAAGAGAACUGCGGCGUGGUCAGAUAUUGUGGUUUAGGGGCCUAAACAGGAUACAAACUCAGAUGGAUGUAGUGAAUGCUUUCCAGAGUGGAACUUCUAUUCAGGGGGCUCUAAGGCGGCAACCUUCCAUCGCCAGCCAGCAUCAUGAUAUCCGAGUGGUGAAUGCAUUUCGUAGUUCCUUAUAUGAAGGAUUAGAAAAACCUGAGACACGAAGUUCGAUCCACAAUUUUAUGACGCAUCCGGAGUUUAGCAUAGAAGAUUCUGAGACUCAUAUUCCCCUUAUUGAUGAUACCGAUGCUGAAGAUGAUGCUCCAACAAAACGAAACUCCACUCCUCUUCCACCCUCUCCCAACAAAAAUAACAAUGCGGUUGACAGUGGAAUUCAUCUUACAACAGACUUGAAUAAGUCUGCUACCUCUUCAUCCCCAGGGAGCCCACUACAUAGUUUGGAAACAUCACUCUGAUUGUAAGCCGAAUGUUAAUACAUUAGCUGCAUUGUAAAGAAACAAAUUGAAACUGGGUCUUCUCACUCACUGAGAUGGGCAAGAUGGUAUUCUUGUCUUGGACUUCAACAAGAAGAUAUACUUGUACGAAUGUAGAUUUAUUUUUUUAAAAAAAGCUUUCUGCCAGACUUGAGGGUGCUUUUUUGGGGGUGGGAGUAAUAAUGAACUCUGACAGAUAAACAGUAACUUGGUUUAAGUGACCUGUGGAUCAUCAGCUGUACUUAAAAAUGGCCCUUAAGAAUGUCUUAGCGGAGCUUUCGUUUCUUGUUCCUUUUUGAGGAGAGGUCUGGAAAGGGCAAGGGAGCUCUGGAUCACUGAAUUGAUAAUGAUUUUUCAUUUCUGCUGUUGGCUGUUAAUAAUUUGGAUUAUUUAUGUUUAUAAAUGAUACAGAUCUGUUUACAAGGUUUGUAGAUACUUUUUUGUUCCUGUUCAUAGAUGGGAAGCUUCCUUAUAAAUGAUGCAGAAAAUAUUAGUCCAUCAAAUACUGCUGUAUUUUCAGGAAAGGGUGUUUCUAUUGAAACUGUACUAAAUUUUUGCCUGCAACUUACCUUGUUAAAUAUUGUAGAUAAAAUUGCUACUACUAAUAGCCAAAUAGGUAACACUAAUGCUUUGUAAAAACAAAAAACAGGAAAAAAAAACCAUGAGCAGUGGUGUUCUGAUGAAGUUAUGGCCUCUGUCCUAAUUAGUUUCUUAAACAUUUACUACUUAAUGGUUUUGAAGCAACUGUAAAAAAUUUAAAAUUUGAGAAACUUACUGAAUAACUUCUGUUCAGAAUUUAGUAGAGGGUUGUUUAAUGCAGGACAAUGUGAUGGAAGUUGCUUGAAAUACUUUUGUUAUCAGGCAAAAUGGAUUAAAUCAAAAUACAUCAGAACUUUAGUCCUUUUUGUUUUUGUCUAAACACAGUAGCUUAGUGCUGUCUUGGUGAACUGUGAGUGAAGCUGUUUAUUUUUUUCUGAUCUUUAGUAUCUUUACAGCAUGAGGGCUGCUGGCAUUUGGAAAGUCAUGAGUAGGUAGCAUAAAUGUUUUCUUUUUGUUUUGAAAUUCAUUUGUAAAAAAAUAAAUAAAUCGGCCCUUUUGUUAAAAUAAAUAUGCGGCAAUGUUUUUUACAGGAUUCAGCAUCUUUACAAAUUGUUGUUUUUUUAAUAGAUUUUGGUGGCUUCAUUGAGAAUGAAGUUCAUGAAAGUU